UGAGGACCAAGCAGGUGAGCGUAUAGCAGAUAAGAAUGCCCUUGACUUGUGCAAAGGGUAUAAGCAAUAAAAGCCUUGUUCAAAUAAACUACUGUAUGUUUUUUUCUGCUUAUGAUCUCACUCACAUUAAAAUAAUUUACCUCUUUGCAGAUGGGGAUUCAAACUUUCUCGAACUAAACAUUAGUUCUGUUCUAAGUGCUGACAAAUCCAUUUUAAGAUUACCCAGCACUAGCUUUGAGUUUAAGGGAGACACAAGUUUUGCAUAUAAAUCAGCUACAGUACCGAACAAUCUAUUUGAUGACACGCAAGAUACUGAAGCUGUCAAUCUUGCAAAUAUUUCAAGACUUGAUGAUUCUGAUGACACUAGCUCUGAUGAUGAUGGUGGUGGUCUAGAGUGGAAGGCUACUGCUCCAGAGGUGAUCUAUUCAUCUGAUGAUGAAAAUGAUUCUAUAACAUUUGAUACUGAGGAUCCUAAAAUCUAUGAAGGGGCUCCAUUAUCAGUCAGUGAAAGCAUGACAGCAAUUUUGACUUAUGUUAUAAAGCAUGAACUUGAUGGAAGUGAGAUUGUGGACUUACUUGGUUUGAUAAACCUUCACUGUAAAGAAGAAAAUAAUAAUGUCAAGACUUCUCUGUACUUGUUCAAAAAGUACUUUUCUAUUUUAAAAUCUCCAGUUAUUUAUCACUAUUUCUGCUCGAGCUGUUUAACAGAAUUGAAGAAGGGGAACAAUUUACAAUGUCCCAACUUGAAACUUCACCCUAAGAAAUCGGACAUUUCUUAUUUCAUUGAAGUACCUAUCAUCUCUCAGCUUCAAGGAUUCUUUUCUCAAGAGGAGUUUUGUUUAAACUUGUCUUACAGAUAUGAUAGAAAAAAGUUGAAUGAAGAAAACAUAGAAGAUAUCUUUGAUGGCCAAUUGUACAAAGAACUGGUUGAGGAUGGAUUCAUCUCCAAAAACAAUUUACUUAAUUUUACAAUGAUGGUCAAUGCAGAUGGUGUUCCAGUUUUCAAAUCCUCCAAGAAGUCAUUGUGGCCUGUAUUUUUUAAUGUAAUGGAACUCCCUCCACACCUCCGAUUCAAGAAAGAGUUUACUAUUAUGGGAGGCCUGUGGUUUGGAGGUAAACCCAUGGUGAAUAUUAUUCUUGGGAAGCUAGUGCCUUCACUUCAAAAAAUUAAACAGGGUUUUGAGGUAAAACCAUAUGGAAAAAAUGUAACAUCAAUAGCUAAGGGUAUCCUCUUAGCAGCAACCAGUGAUUUACCAGCCAAAGCUAUGCUCAUGGGAAUGAUGACCCAUUCUGGUUCCAACAGUUGUCACAUCUGUAAAAUCAAAGGAGAAAGUGUUAAAAUAGUCAAGAAAAAAGUGAAAAAGAAGUCUCAAAAGAAAAAGACUCCAAAUCAAGCUGUAGAACAAGAAGAAAACACUGCAGAUAUGGACUUAGAAUUAGUGAAAGAAAAGGAUGAUGUUACUUACUCUUCUGUGUGGGUUUUUAAGUAUGAAAAAGACAGAGAAUUAAGAUCACAUGAAGAAAGUAUCAAGUUAGGAGAAGCAGCCCAAAAGCAACUAGUUGAAAAAGGUGACCUCUCACUCCAUGUACUUGGCUUUAAACAUCCUAGCGCCCUAUUCUCAGUGAUGUACGAUGCCAUUAGAGGGUUUGGAAUUGACGAUCUCCAUACACUGUACCUUGGGAUAAUUAAAACACUCAUCAAACUCUGGUUUGAUUCUAAAAAUCAUGGAGAGCCAUUUUCUAUUCGUAAAUACUUGGAAGUUGUUGAUGAACGUCUGGAGGCAAUACAUCCACCAAACUUUCUAGAACGGGGAAUACGAGGUAUUGAAGAUGAAUUCUCAUAUUGGAAUGGCAACGAAUGCAAAACUUGGGCUCAUUACACCUCAAUACCAGUAUUAAAUGGAAUUCUGCCAGACAAGUAUUUGGAGCAUUACGUUGACUUAAUCUUCUGUUUUCAAAUUCUCCUAUCUUCGUCAAUAUCACCUCAACAACUGUUUUUGUGUCAAAAGAAAUUAGAAGACUUUGUGAAAAAAUUUGAAAUUCUGUAUGGAACAAGGCAUACGUCCAUGGUAGUACACCUGCUCUUGCAUCUUGAUUUUGUUGUAACAAACCUGGGUCCCAUGAAAUUCUACUCUUGUUUUCCGUACGAAAGCCUGAAUGGGGAAAUACUGAAGAUGAUUCAUGGAACCCGAUAUGUUGAAACCCAAUUGGCCAGUGGGUGUUAUUUAAUCUCUCAGUUGCCUCACAAACUGUCUUCUUUGAGUUCUGGUCCUGUUAGAGACUACUGUUUUAGGGUUCUGCAUCCAAGUUUUAGAUUAAAAAAAUUGGAAGACUUAAGUAGUGAAUCUCAAGAAACUCUUUUUUCUGUUGGAACGUACAAGAUAUUUAAUAAUACAGGAAAUUAUGUGUUCUCUGCUUUGCAAAAGGUUAUGGACUUAAACAAGGCUACUUCUAUUGAAACGUAUCUCAGAUUAAAGAAAAGCCGUCAGUUGUUUGUUUGCAGAUCUUAUUCACGGUGCUUAAAAACCAUCUCGUAUGUGUGCUCAUAUGCUAGAGACAAUUGCACCCUCUAUGGUGAUAUUGACAUAUUUGUUAAAGUAAAAUCUAGUGAUCAAUCCUGCAAACAUUUUGCAAUAAUUGAAAAGGCAGAGGCUAGCCCCUUUCUGGUUUCAUCAAAAAAUGUGCCUCAUAUAAAAGAGUACUGUCUUACUGGAUUAUUUGAUGCUGUACAUAUUUCAAGCCUCAGAGAUAUACUGUUUCUUGUCAAAGUUGAUGAUAUACCAUAUAUUUGUGAACCUUUACUAUAGGUCUCAAGGAGAAUUAUUAUUAUAAUAUUUGUUGUUAACUAAAGUGUGCCAGCAGGCCGCUUUCUCGUUACUUUGCAUAAUGUUGAUCAAAUAUUUAACAAAUUUUAUGCAUCAACUAUUUUACUGUUGUUUUGAUGCUUGCUAGCUAAAUAAAUGAAAUAUGGGAUCAGAAAUUUUAACUCAUUGCUUUAGUAAUUGAACCACUCUUGUGUUAUAAACUCAAAACCCCAUUCUAUGACUGGCGGUAGUAUUCACUGGUGGUAUGUAGUACGGCUUGCUCUUGUAGAGGCGC